UUUCAUUUAUUGUGAGUCAUUUUCUCUUUAUCUCAUCGACUUUUUGAUAAAUUUGUACACUUUUUUUGUAUCGAGAUGCCUUUGAUUGGAAAGGAAAAUACUCCAAACCGAAUACGGAGCUUCAAAAAUCUCGGAAAAGAAGAAGACUGUAGAAGAAGAAGAAACGAAGUUACUAUAGAGCUAAGAAAGUCGAAACGCGAUGACCAAAUAUUAAAGCGACGAAAUGUUGUAGCUUCAGAGCCGUUACAAGAAAACGCCAAUAGUAACAGCUCUCAUGUUUUAGCACCGAAACAAGUAUAUGAUAUACUUUCGUCAACCGAUAGCACUCAAGAACAAACAUUUACAGCUGUACAAGCAACGAGAAAGAUGCUAUCAAGAGAACGUAAUCCUCCAAUUAAUGAUGUUAUUCAAGCUGGACUUGUACCCAAACUUAUUGAAUGCUUAAAACGGCCAAACUCAGAUAUACAAUUCGAGGCUGCGUGGGCUUUGACGAACAUUGCUUCUGGCACUUCAGAACAGACUACGAUGGUGGUUAAUAUGGGUGCCUUGCCACACUUUGUUCAACUUCUCUUGUCGCCAAACGAAAAAGUCAGAGAGCAGGCAGUUUGGGCUUUAGGAAACAUUGCAGGUGAUGGACCAAAUUUGAGGGAUAAAGUUUUAUCUCCGGAAUAUGGAGUGGUGGCUAAGUUGCUAGAGCUGAUGCAAAGGAAUGGAGUUCAGGCAUCAUAUUUGAGAAACGUCACAUGGACUGUCUCGAAUCUUUGUCGCAAUAAAAACCCACCACCACCAUUCGAAGCUGUGAAAGAGCUAUUACCAGCAUUGGCUUACCUUAUAAACUACAAUGAUGUUGAAGUGAUGGCUGAUGCAUGUUGGGCAUUGUCUUAUCUCACUGAUGGUCCGAAUGAAAAAAUACAGGCUGUCAUCAAUGCGAAUGUUUUACCAAGAUUGGUAUCUUUACUUGGGGCUGGCCAAUUAAAUAUUGUGACACCUGCUUUACGAGCCGUUGGUAAUGUUGUUACGGGAAAUGAUUCUCAAACACAGCAUGUAUUGGAUCUUAAAGCAUUGGAUUACUUUGAAGCACUGUUGACACACAAGAAAAACACAUUAGUUAAGGAAGCAGCUUGGGCACUUUCGAACAUCACUGCGGGUAAUGAAAGGCAAAUUCAGGCUGUUAUUGACGCUGGUCUUCUACCUGUUGUUCUGCACGUAAUGGAUGUAGGUGACUAUAAAAGCCAGAAAGAAGCAGUAUGGGUCAUCACAAAUUACACAUCGGGCAGCAAUCUAGAUCAGAUUGAAUACCUUGUAAAUGCAUGUGGUGCUAUACCGUUUCUCUGCAAGUUAUUGACUGUGAAAGAACCAAAGGUCGUAUUGGUCUUGCUCGAUGCUUUCAACCACAUUCUCAACAAAAGUGACUAUAUGAGCUCGUUAGAAGAUGUAUCGUUGAAAAUCGAAGAAUGUGGAGGUCUUGAUAAACUUGAAGAAUUACAACAACACGAAAACGAGCAAGUUUUCCAAAUGGCCCAAAACCUAAUAGACAAAUAUUUUCAAUUAGAGGAAGAAGAUUUAGUCGUUGUUCCCCAGAAUGGUGACGACGGUUCAACAAUGUUUCAAUUUGGUCAGCCAACGAUUCCUCAAACUGGUUUUCAUUUCUAGAAAAAAUUACACCUGAAAAAGAACUACUAUAUAAUUUAUUUAUUAUAAAUAAUGACGACGAACGUUAUUGUAUAUAGCGAGCAAAUGUUUGCAAAAACGAAGUGUGUUGUUUCUGUAUAAACCAAAACUAGAAUAAUGAUGAUGUCUUUACUUUACUGACAGUUAAAAUGGCAAUUUAUAUAAAUAUUACUUUUGUUAAUUACUUAUAAGAUUUAUUCAAAUAUUGCAAACGUUAAAUCAUCUA